UUAGAAAUGUUUGCACAUUUAUUAAAAAUAAAAAACAUAUCUUAAAGCGGUUAUAAGUGGGGAUAUUUAAGUUACUUAUGUUUAACCUAAAAGCUGGAUAUGUGGAACUAGACUAACCAAACAACAGUAGAAAAUGUUGGUUUUGUUGUUUGCUUGUGUUUGAAUUCGAUUCUAUGAGAACCACAUUUGUGCAGUUUCUCUUCCUGAAGAAUGAGAAUUGCACUGUAUGUGAAAAUAUACAACCCAUACACAUCUCUCUUCUCUUGCAGUCUGACCCAGCCUUGGCAGCCAGUGGAGCACAGCACUAUCCACAAUGGGAGUCUCCGAGCCCCCAUGGGAUGGGUGAUAGGGUAGGUUUUAUGUUUUUCUUAUUCAUGUGGAAUAAUUUAAGACCACAAUUAUAAAAUGUGCUAUUCUUGGAUGAUUGAAGAUAUUAACUAUCUCCUAUCUCUCUCAGACCUAUUCUUCAGGAACAAGUGGGGAGCAAGUGAGAGUAACACAGCCACAUUCAUAUCCUACCAGUCACACCCAAAGUACUGUUAUGACUGAUAAGAAAAAGGUAAGGAGUAAACAGUGUAAUUAUGAUCAUGUCAACUAGUCUCUGACUCAGGCCUGAGAAAGCCAGUGAUCUUAUCUUUAUCAUAUCAGUUCGCAUAGACUAUCCAAUGCUGUUUCAUGAAGUUGCCAAAACUAAUCACAAUUAAAGUUAGUUAGGGUAAGAUCAACGUCAUACUGAUGUUCAGUUAUUCUUUCAGGACCCGUAUUUGACAGAUCAGUAUCGGUCAAAGGAGGAGAUUGAGGGAAAUGAGGUGAGUGUGGAUCCUCCUGCUGAAGGAGCUACUGGCUCUAAUAGAGACAGACAAUCACAGAGAGAUCAGCAUUCUCCCAUCAACUCCCAAAGGACUCAAGAUGUGGUAAUUAUUCUAUCCAACAGAUCACAGGAUUUUCUAAAUUCCACAUACUAUACAUCGUCCUAUUUCAAUCAGCCUACUAUUUAGAAAACGCAAGUAUGGGUAUUUGGACAUGGACAGUGUUCAUGUUAUUGCCCUGAAAAUCUAAAUCGGGCUCUGAUUUGUACCUAAGGAGCUAAAUGAGAUUAUCUGCUAUGAAUCUCAAUUACUAAACUACAGGUCCUCUUUAGGAGUGAGUAAACUGUUGCGCCAACAACCAUAUUUAUGCCCAGACAUUUUUCCAGGAUCUGAAUCAAGCUAAGGUUGAAGAGAGAAAGCAGCUGUCAGCAUCUCCAGAUGAGGCUACAGUCUAUGUCAGUGUGGAGUGGCCUGGGAAAGACCUUCCACCAAGAUGGGAGUCCACACUAGAGAAAACUCUCCAGUCAUGGUUCAAUAAAGACUUUGGUGAUAAGACAACAGAUACAGAUUGCACCUUGAAGGGUCUUUAUGGCAAUGGGUUCUGGGCAGUGGUCAAUAUAUCUCCCUCAUCAGGUGAGAAAGAUGGAGUCAAAAAUGUAAAGUUCAUUACAAAAAUACCUAGUACCCAUUUUAAAUGUUGAGGAUACACUCAAGCCAUGGUGGUGCUGCUAAGAAGAAAAAUAUUCACUUCAACAGUACAUUAUUGCAAAUAAUGUGUUGCAGAGUGAAUUCCCAAAUGCAUGCUUUUAUCUGGGAGCUAAUCUGGUAUUAGAUAGGUCAGCAUGUUUAAUUUGGGAACAGUUAUUCUGUUUUAUCUUAAAUCCUUAUUUUAUUCUUAAUGUUAAUGUUAAUAUAUUAAUCUACCCUAUUUGAAGAUCUAAAAGUACUUCUGAAGCAGAGGGCAACACAGAUGACGUUCAGAGACCAGGCCAAGACAACCGCUACUGUGCAGUUUCACAGGACUGCACCACCAUUUCAACCCUGGAACCAAUCAGACUGUAAACCCAACUUAAUGGAUGUCUCUCCUCCAACAUCAUCACACACUCUACAGGAUGUAAUUGGUUUUGCUUUUGUAAAUAAAUGACUAUUUGAUUGCAUUUUCAAAUCAACUAUAAUAUAAAAAGUAUAGAUGUAAGAUAUGUAAAUCUUUUUAAUAUGAUAUUUUCCCACUAGGUCAAACUCCCAAUGACUGUACAUGCUAGCAUUGAUCUCAGUGGCUUCCCACAUGAAGCACAGGUUGCCCUUAAGACCAAGUUCAAUCAGUACCUCACUUAUCACUCACUGACCUUGACUGGGAACUUUGAGGAAGUGGAGAAGUUCCACAGAGAGGUGACCAAGGUCAUCAAAGAAGCUGAAGCUGGGCCAGCAGGUGAUUGGAAUGGUUUAGAAGCGGCACCAAGCAUGACUCACAAUGGAAUGAACACCCAUGAAGCCCCUGGGCAAAAGGAAAUAAGCUGUACAGUCCCACUGACCCACUUCGUGUACUUGAACCAGGCCUACCGGAAGGAGAUGGAGGACAUAGAGAAAAUAAAUGGAGUCAAAAUCAAUGCAGAUGUGAAGGUGUCUUUCAAAGAACAUCCAGAGAAAACAGACAGAGAUUUUCUGCUGACCGAAGCCUACCAGGAGUUCACUGACCUCUUCCUGAAGUGUGCAGGUGACUUUGACAGCAUCUCCGCACACCUGCCACACAUGAAUCCAGAAUACCUCCAGUUUAUGCUGAAGAACAUCCAGAAUGAGGAGACCAGGCUGGUGCUGAAUGUGUCCGCCAACGGGUGCAAUGUGCUUGGGCCGAAGCAGAGCGUGGUAGCAGUCAGGAAGGCUUUUGAGGUGGGCCACACCUCCACAGUAAAGACCUUCGGAAUGGAUCACAGCUCCGCAGAUAAGGCCUUUGGAUUUGCUGGAGGAUCUAGAAGGAGAUCUACAGAAAUUCCACAGAAGAUUGUGAUUGACAUCAAAGACCCACUGGUUUCAGGUGGGCUGUCCAUGGACCCGGCCCACUGGGAGCUGAUGAAAAAAAUAUUUUCUGAGAAAAUAACAGCAAUCCAAAGUAAAUUUGGAGUAGUUUUCAUGAAUAAUCCAUCUCAGGGGAAGGUCAAAGUGACAACCAUGCCUAUCAAGUCCCAACACACUGCCUCUCUGGAAAGCCACGCCAUCAGAGCUCUAAUGCACCUCUACCAGAAGGUUGCCACGUCAACAAUGAGCUGCUACCUGCUAGACACUACUCACGCAGGGACCGUGGGGGACAUGCUGGAGAAGAUCCGCUCUCGACACCUCUGUGUUGGGGCAGGAGAAAACUACGGUCCCUGGAGGCUGAUCGGCCUACCGGAGCAUUUAGGCCCUGCUGUCAAAGAGCUAGAAGAGAAGCUAGGUAGGCCUGUGUUUAAAGAGGAAGACAAGCAGAGGAUUGGGUAUCCUGAAGGCUACAACACUGGAGCAGCCGUGGGGGGAGCAGCUGGAGAUGGAGGAGCGACAGGAGGGGCUGAAGAGGAGAAAUGCCCCAUAUGCAUGGAUACAUUUACCAACAAGGAGAAGUUGUCCUGCACCCAUGAGUUUUGUAAAGAGUGUCUGAGGCGGUCAGUGGAAACCAUGGGCCCCAGCUGUCCUGUGUGUAAGGAUGUAUACGGGAAGAUGGAGGGAGACCAGCCCGAUGGAAAAAUGACACACUAUACUUCUAUCAACAACAUACCUGGAUUCCCUCACAGUGGCACGAUAGUUAUCAACUAUGAUAUUCUAGAUGGAAUACAGACGGUAAAAUACUCAGGUUCUUCAUUAUACUGUAAAUAUAAAAGUUGACAAAACAUUUAUUAUAUCCCAAUUUCCACUGCAGUGUUUUAUAUUUACACAGCCAUUUGUUGCCAUUGCCAUUAGUUUUUGUUUACAUUUUCUGUUUUCAGAACAAACAUCCCAACCCUGGAAAGAACUUCUAUGGGACCAAAAGAACUGCUUAUCUACCAAACAACAAGGAGGGGAAUGAGGUGCUGAUGCUGCUGAAGAAAGCAUUUAAGCAGAAGCUGAUUUUCACAGUUGGGAUCUCCAGAACCACUGGGGCAGAGAACACGGUGACCUGGAACGACAUUCACCACAAAACCAACAUCGAUGGAGGGGCACAGAAGUACACCAUCUAAGACUAGAUAUGAUUAACCUUCUGUAUGCCUCUAGUGACUAACUUUCUUAUGUCAUGUAUAAAUGUUUUUUGUAUAUUUUGCAUUGACUUCAUUCAGGUUAAGUGUCUACUACUACCCUGCCUGGGGGAACAACAUUGAUUCCUCAUGAGAUUUGAACCAGAAGCAAGCUCAGAAAUAAUUGGAGGAUUUGUUUAAUUCAAAGUUGUGUGCUUUGUGUUUUCCCACAGUUUCGGCUACCCUGACCCUGACUACCUGAGCAGAGUGAAGGAUGAGCUGAAAGCCAAAGGCAUCAAAUGA